GCUAAAUAGAAACCAAGCGGCAAUGGACGCUCAAGUUAACCGGGACAGAUGUUCCCCUCGUGUGUUUCAGGAAGGCGAUCUGGUCUUUGUAAUCAAGUAUACCCAGUCUACGGGGAAGCUUGAUCAUGGCAUGCGCGGGCCCUAUCGAGUAGUUCGUGUUUUGCCUCAUGGACGCUACGAGUUACGACUGGUGGCCGGUUCCUAUGGCAAAACAACCUUUGCUGCUGCGCAGUAUAUGGUGCCUUGGGGAGGCGAGUGGACACCUGAGUCAUGUGCUGGUUUCUUCGAGGACAAUGACGAUGAUGACGGUGAUAGUUUGGUUGAAGACCAGCCACCUCAGCCAGAGUCGUCUGCACUAGAACCAGUACCGGGGCCCUCAUCAAGACCAGAUCACCUGGAACCAGAGUCUUCUCGAGGACUUGACAUGCCUAACUUGAAUUGAAGCAUGGCGCCUUUUAGAUUUAUCUGACGAGGACGUCAGGAUGUCAGGAAAGGCCGUGUUGGAGAUUACUUAAGUUAAGAGUGGUGUUAUG